UCCGUCCAGAACGAACAAUAGUAGUGAGUGAUACAUUUGAUAUUCGGUCGACAAUGCGUCCAACUACUACUGCGUUCAAGCAAGAAUUUCUCAAGAAAUGGUUAGUGGGUCUGAAGAUUUGUAGUUCUUCAAUGAACAACAUGAAUAUUGUGCAGAGAAAAAAGACUAUAAAAUUAUCACCAGAUGUUGCCAUGGCUUCAGCUAGAGAUGGGAAAACACUAUGGAGCAGAGCGCUAAUUUCCAAAGCUUCAAAACAAGAUGAUGACAACAAUAAGAUCAUAGUUGAGAAAAUAUUAGGUGACGAUAAAUUUCAGAGAGUUAUAACUUAUAAUAAUUCUAAACAUUCAUCAAAUGGAUCUUUUACAAGCAAGAAGGUCUUAAGAAGAAGUCGAAGUAGGAAACGAAAAUGUACAACGCCACCAUCUCAACGUGUUCUUGCUACUUCCAUUGCUAAAAGAUUAGUGGUAAAGAAAACGACUCAAGUUCUUAAAACUCUUGUACCUGGUGGAGAAUCCAUGGUAGAUGAUAUAUCUCUGUUAGAAGAAACCCUGGAUUAUAUUUCCUCUCUUCGAGCUCAAGUUGAUGUCAUGCGACGACUUGUUAAUGCAUCCAAUGAAGUGUCAGAAAAUUGCAAGUAA